UAGGUAUUGUUCACUAUUCUGCGGAAUGUCGCGGGAGCACAAAUCGAACAAGUCACUUCAAACUUUGAUUUCGUUUACCGUCGUAAAAUUACGAGUUCUUUGACGAUUUUUACGAGAAUUUGAAUUGAAAUUUGAUGCAGGCGUUGUAAGUAACGUUGUUAGUCAAAACAAUGUUACUCGUGUCUCGUUUUAAAAAGAACAUUUUAUAAGACAAUAUCGCCAGAGGAUAUCCCUUGUCUUUUUUGUUUUAAUGUUGAAUUUGCUUCCUCUUCCAAGAGAUAAUGAUGCUUCUACUACAGUCUAUAGCGAACCCUUUGGAAAAAUUCUUUAGUAGUUUUAUGGAUGCAUUCCACCGUGGGUGAAAGUAAAAUUUCCCAAAUCAUGAAAAUCCUAGUCGUUAGUCUUCUUCUCUUCCUUCAGGGUAUUCAAUCAGCGCCAUGGUCUUCGUCUUGUCCUCACGAAUGCUGGUGUCACGAAUCCUACUUGGCCAGCAUAGUCGACGAAUGGCAUCUACUCAAUAAAAUGCAGCCGGAUUCAUCCACCAGCCCCAAUAGCAGCGCCCUUAAUGACCUAUUAUUCCGUGCCGUAAUUUGUGUCCAACAACACGACAUGGAAAUUGAAACCCUAUUGGCCCGCUUGCCGUCUCAAACCGAGGCCAUGAAGAUUAUCCAAGCAUCCGACGCACCGGAAAUCCGCUUGACGGCCACUCAUUUGUCGAAAUUUGUCAACUUGAGAGCUCUGGGUCUCGAAGGAUCUCAACAACAGGAGUCUAGUAGUGCGCCAUCAAUCAUUUUACAUUCGGAUAGCCUCAAAUCUUUGAUUCAACUUCAAUAUUUGAGUCUUGUCAACAUGGAAUUGCUGGAUCAGCCUUCGCCGGAACCGGUCACGGUGGUCGAAAUAGCCGACGACGAACAAUCAGCCCCUUCACAACGGUUGACGUAUGACGUUCCCGAAGAAAUCCUGCCUUACGAAGAGUUCAAAAAGUUGCACCAACAAACGGAACUAAGCGUUCCGUGGAAUGGCUUUUCAAUGUUGACCCAACUCGAGUAUUUGCUGAUCGUCGGUUGCCAGUUGCCGGAAGCUUUUAGCACGGGUCACUCUGGUGCGUUCACGAGUCUGAGUCAUCUGAAAGAGUUGACCAUCCGCACGAGUCAACUGCGAGUGCGGCUGGAAAUGGAACCGGGCGAUUUAAUGGAAUUGGAAUCCCUUUCGCUAGCGGACAACGAGUUGCUGGAGAUCAAGCCGGGCGAGCUGCAAGGAAUGGGCGCACUCCAGCAGCUCGAUCUGUCCGGUAAUCAGUUGACUCACCUCACCGAAAACUCUUUCCCUUUCCUGCCCGAUUUGGAAUCGCUGGAUUUGAGCGACAAUCCGCUUUCGACUCUCUACCCAAACACUUUCGCCAACGUCUCGUCCAUCCGCCGCCUUUUACUCGGAUCUUAUCGCUGGAAGGAAGGCGAAAUCGUCGUCAACCGAGAGCCCUUGGAAGGCAUGCAGGUCGUUUCCAUGGAGUUUGAACCUGACAGUUUCAACGGAUUGGUGAAAUUGCAGGAGCUCUGGAUCAGUCAGGGCCCCCCUUGAAGGAAAUAAAAGCCUCGAUUCAAACUACUUUAAAGAUUUGCUUUCCAUUUCCGAGUUGCAUCUACGCGGGCGGAUCGUAUCGAUCGACGCCGACACGUUCAAGGCCAACCGACGACUUCAACAUCUCGACUUGAAAAACUGUCAACUCCGCCGCUUGAGCGUCGACGCUUUCCAAUCGUUACGCAAAUUGCGCCUUUUAGACCUGUCGUCCAACCAACUGGUCCAGCUUCCGCCGGGCCUGUUCGACCCUGUCGUCUCGUUAAAAGAAUUGUGGCUCAACGGCAACAAGUUGACGACUGACGUAAUAUUUUGGGGGGAGCAACUCUUUAGGCGUGAAAAUGUGUUCACAGCUCAAAGCAGAGCAAUUUUUCCCUUCUGUUUCUUGGCCAGCAAUAUCGGAUGGGGGUCUAUUGUUGGUGUUGGUCUCCUGUAACGGAAUACGCUGCUUUAUUUGAAAAUUCUGAGUUUUUUAAACGAUUGUAAAUCAAAUGAAAUCAUACUGAAGAAAAGUAAAGACAAUGCGCUGCUGAUAUAUAUAUUUCUUCCUUUUUUUAUGUGUGUAGGGCCAGAUCCAAUGCUGCUAAUUACAACUGAUCGAGAUAUUCGCUUCUUCUCAAAGAGUAUGGACUCGUUGUAUCAGGCAUUUCACAAACGCACGGCGUCGCAGCUGAUUAUGAAGAUGGGGUCGUCUACUGGAAUGAAAAGAGCGAGGGCAAGGCUGGUAUUUCCAAAUCCAUGUUGGAUGGAUCAGCUUUCCAGUACGUUGUUUCGGUUGGUGUGGAGAUUGUUGAAGACUUGGUGAUCGACUGGGUUGGCAGACACAUUUAUUUCGCGGACUCCGGCCGGAAGCACAUCGUCGUUUGCGAUUUUUAUGCUGCCAUUUGCAGUGUUGUCAUUAGUGGACAACUAGACAAAUCUCGUGCCGUGGCCGUCUAUCCUGAAGAGGGUUUGCUUUUCUGGUCUGACUGGAGUUCUAGUUCACACAUUGGUUCUGCUGGCAUGGAUGGAUCGCAGCGGACAAACGUAAUCACGGCAGACAUUAUUUGGCCUAAUGGAUUGGCUGUGGACGAAACCAUUCAACGUAUUUAUUGGGUAGACGCCAAACUCAAUCGCAUUGAAAGUUCGCGGAUUGAUGGAUCCGAUCGUAAAAUCCUUCCCGUUAAAGUGACCCAUCCGUACGCUCUCGAUAUAUUUGAAAACACAAUCUUUUGGUGCGAUCCUCUGGAGCACGAAGUUCUUUCCGUCAACAAGUUUACCGGCAAGGAUUAUAAGAUUUUGAUCAAGGAAGCUUCGAUAACUCCAACUGGCAUCCACGUUCAUCAUCCUUACAAGCAAAGCCAUCUCACCAACCCCUGUCGAAACGUGAUUUGCAGCCAUCUCUGUCUUCUUUCACCAACCCCUACAAGGUUAUAAGUGCGCUUGCCCUGUCGGAAUGACUUUGAACAAAGACGGUCGUACCUGCGAGUCUAUUUCCGCUCAUGAAUCUUCCAUCGUCAUCGCAACUUACACCGACAUCUAUCGCAUGACUCAUCACCAGAUUGGCAAGGAUUCCGUCUUUCGUCUGCCUACGCGUAACGUGGAAUACAUCGGUGCAUUGGCGUACAGCCCCUUAGGCCACUCAAUCGUCUACAGCGACAUGAUUCAGAGGACGAUCUACUCGAUCCACCUGGAUACUUAUCGACAGACGGUUCUCUUCGAAAACGUCGACAUGGUCGAGGGAUUGGACGUGGAUCCCUUCACGGAGAACAUUUACUGGACGGAAGUUACUCGGGAAACUGUUGUAGUUGGCCAAAAGAAACACGAUGGUAGUUACGACCGUCUAGUAUUGGCCCGAAAUCUUAACAGCCCCCAAGGUGUUACCAUUGGAUCCCAAUCCGGCAGGAUGUUCAUCGUCGAGGGCCGCAUCAGUCACGUCAUCAGCGUUUGGCAUAUGGAUGGAACUAACCGACAGGAGUUGGUCAAAGUUCGUAGAAUUGUAUCGGCGAUGGCUUACGACGGCAAACAUCUACUUCAGCGCCUCCCUGCGAGGUACAAUUGAACGGAUCGAAGUCAACGGUGAAAAUCGAACCAUCCUUCGCUCUCAUCUGGGCACUCCGGUUGCCAUGGACGUCAGUGCAGAUUCCGUCUUUUGGCUGACUCAAUCCUCCACUCGCAUCAGCUGGUUGAACAAGCAAUAAGAGACGAAAACUAUGCGCGGCUUCGUUAUCGACGCUUCCGACGACAUAAACGUUCAGUAUCGUUUGAUGUCCGAUCGAUUUCAACAGUCACGAUCAUCAUUGCUUGGGGGAUACUGGAGGUUGUAGCGACAUUUGCGCACCAACACCUGAUGGAGUCACUUGCCUAUGUCCAUUGGGUAAAGUAUUGGGAGAAGAUAAACACGCAUGUACUAAAGCCGACUGCGUUGGUGUUGAAUGGUUUAAAUGUCGAACCAGUUGUAUUCCCGCCAAGUACCGAUGCGAUGGGGUCAACGAUUGUGCCCUAGGUGAAGAUGAGCUCCAGCGCCGCAACACGACGACAGAAGUAAAGUAUUCUUUAAAGGUAGGUAAUAUAAAUUACUUUUUUCUGAAAAAGACCGAGUGAUUGUAAGGUGUGAAAGUGAAUGCUUAGAUGGAUUAGGGCAAUAAUAGGCGUGGUUAACCGUUCUACAAUAAGAUGGGUAGGGAGAAGAAAUGUCAACACGCACUGACGAGCUCUCCUUUACCGAAGAUUACAUCAGCAGCGCAUUGUCUUUUCUUCAGUAUAAUUUCAUUUGGUUUACAAUCGUUUACAAACUCAGAAUUUUCAAAUAAAGCAGCGUAUUCCGUUACAGGAGACCAACACCAACAAUAGACCCCCCUGCCGAUAUUGCUGGCCAAGAAACAGAAGGGAAAAAUUACUUAGUGCUUCGAGCUGUGAACACAUUAUCACGCCUAAAGAAAGAGUUGCUCCCCCAAAAUAUUACGUCACUGGUUCUUAAUUAUUUUUUAAAAAUACGUUUUUCUUUGUUCUGAAAAAUAUGUGUAAGAUUAAAAACUGAAAGAUGACUUUAAUGUUAUAUAAUACGAGUGUAUUAUGAAGAAGCUUUGUUACUUUUGCCACGCAGCGUAUAGAAUAUAGAAUAUCGAAAUUUCUCAACACAUACACAUGUUAUGUAAACAUUCACUGAAGCGUGGAUGCUGCCCGUCUAUUGUAUAAAAUGUUUAUGGUUCUGAACGAUCAUCGACAGGUGCGUUGGGUUUGACGACUAAUGCGCUUUUCAUCUCACCCAAAACAUGUUACUUUUAACCAAGAACAAAACUCAAAAAAAGGGAUCAAAACCUUAAUUCUAAUUUCAUUUUGAGAAAUUUUGAAUUUUUUUUCUAAUUUAUGAAGUUUCUCUUAUUGCGGUGCAGACAAGAGGAUAGUGUCAUCUCUGGAUCCCAGACGGCGUUGUAAAUUCACUUCCAAAAGCAGCACUAGAUAGAGCUUUUUGACGAUUGUAGUCGUCUGCUUUUCGUGGUUUGUCAUUUAUCCACAUGUCUUUUUCUUCUUCGUGUUUUCAGUAAAACUUUUUUACUUGAAGUCAAAGUUAUUACAGAUUUUUAAAGUAUUUUCAAGUGAAAAAGGAAGGAAGAAUGGAGGACCAUGUUGAUGAAGACAAGAAAAAGGCUCACCGGGAACGCCGUGCUGGGCGCAAAGCGGACAAGAAAAAUUCAAGGAUCCACACAUCCAAGAAAUGGAUGAGAAAAGCUUUUGCUAUCCAGUCAUUAGCCAAGGCUCGGAAACAUUUUCACAGGGCCCGUAAAUGAAAAAGCAGCAUAUUCCAUUACUAGACAGGACUCCCCUAGAACCCACACCAAUCAUGGUAGCCAUUGUUGGCCAACCUCAAGUUGGAAAAAAUACUCUUCUCCAAGCUCUAAUAAAAAACUCUACACGAAAGAAUAUCACAUCCAUACAGGGGCUCGUUACCAUCGUCACGGGGAAAGAAACGAAGGAUGACUUAUAUGGAAUGCAAUAACGACAUCAACUCGAUAGACAUCGCUAAAGUGGCUGACCUUGUUCUUGCUUGCUUUUGAGUUUUGACUGAUGCUUCGUUUGGCUUCGAAAUGGCAAUUUUGAAUUUCUCAACAUCUGUCAGGUGCAUGGAUUUCACCGAGUAAUGGGCGUUCUGACUCAUUGGACAUGUUCAAGAAUAACAAGUAGCUGAAAAAACGAAACAAGUUCUGAAGCACAGAUUUUUUAAAGAAGUGUACCAGGGAGCAAAAUUGUUUUACCUAACUCCACGGAACCUACCCUAAAAACGAGAUCAAGAACCUCGGUCGCUUCAUCUCGGUCAUGAAAUUCCGACCUCUGCUGUGGAGAUUGACUCUUCCUUACGUUUUGGUGGAUCGGUUGGAAAACAUGACACCUCCCAGUCGAUUGCACGAGAAUCUGAAAUGCAAUCGGGACAUUUUCCUUUACGGUUUUGUCCGUGGUGUCCACUUGAGAAAUCAAUGUCCCGUCCACAUCCCAGGCUGUGGUGAUUUCCGCCUUAAAUACGUUUCAUUUCUUCCUGAUCCUUCCCUUUACCGGAUAAAUUGAAGAAACGUUCGCUGGUCGAAAAGGAGAAGCUUAUCUAUGCCCCCAUGUCUGGAGUGGGCGGUAUCAUCUACGACAAGGAUUCCAUCUACAUUGAGCUUGGCAGCAGUCACUCGCACUCCAAGCAGGAAGACCCUACGAAUCCUAAAUCAGAGAUGAUUUCGUCGCUGAUGAAGUUGCAAAGGACGCUGGAUGCGCAGAUGUGUGAAUCGAGAGGAGAAGGACCUACUCUGACGCAGGCGCAUGACGAGGACGAGGAACUACUAGACGAUGACGGCGACGUAUCCUAUAAACGAGAGAUCCGCUGAUCCUGUCAUUGGGCUGGCGCCGAUUUCAAAAAAUUCCGCUCUACUCGAUCCACGAUCACAACGGACGUCACAGACAGCUCAAAUACACGCCAGAGCAUAUGCACUGUACAUCUUUGUUUUGGAAUCCAUUGACACCUCGAGACAAAGGUCUGCUGGCCAUUCAGUCCAUCUCUCAAGUUCAGUCUGGAUUUAGGCUGGAUUUCGAUUUGGACAAGUCGACUCAGAUUGUCAAGAAACUCAAAUUAGUCGACACGCCGUUACAGAUUUAACGCAAAACGGCCUUCAUCUAGGGCAUGUUCUCGUCGACCCUGGAAAUGGACAAAUUCGAUGUAGCAUUCAUCCGCAGAGUUUCCGGCAUUCGCGGUCAGAUUUUAAAAAGCCAUCGGCAGUCCGGAAGGAUCGUUCCGUGCCACUUUUGAAGAGAAAAUCAAACUUAGCGGCAAAUGCCGAAAUGUUGUAUAUAUUUUGAAGUUGAUGGCGUUCCGCCUGAUGCCGAUUGUGUGUGACUACUUGUAUCUUCAAUGGAGACGUGACAAACGGAAUACACUUUCAAUUCCCGACUA